AAGGUGCGUGGGAAUCGGGAUUAGGUAUCUUGAGAGGCGUUAUUGGAUUUACCAAUACAGCGGGGUUAACUUUAGCUCUUAAUAAUUUGGGAGCUCCUUUUGCUACUGGUGCAUUUACUGUGGGUGGAUUUACCGGAACAGUUGUUCCAACAUUGGUAUCCGGUGCUUCAUCACAAUUUAUAUUUAGUUCAGCAUCCAAUGAUGUGCCAGUUAAUGCGAGCCUUGCUUCAUUUUCUAUGCAGGGAGUUUUAGCAUUUACAACUCAUGUAGAUUUUGGUCUUGCAUUUACCAGUAUACCUACUAUAGAAUUAACUCCUACGGUUAAUGAUCCUAAUUCUUUAAUAAAUGUAACAACUAUUGAUGGUAGAUUAGGUUCAGUCUCUUUCGAAAAUAUUUCUUUGAGAGCAGCAAAUGUUACGGCAACAGGAUUUGAUCUGGUUAUUUUAGUAACACCUGUCAGCCAAGAAUUUUUUGACACUUGCUCAAAUUAA